ACGAUUGACGAGUGUCGUUGUCAAAAAACUAGCGUGCAUUGUUUAUUUGGUGAAAUAAAACGUAAUUAAUUAUAACUUUUAAGAAUGCCGAAGUAUUAUUGUGAUUAUUGUGAUACUUAUUUAACGCACGAUUCUCCUAGUGUCCGAAAAACACAUUGUACUGGGCGUAAGCAUAAAGAUAAUGUUAAGUUUUACUAUCAAAAAUGGAUGGAGGAACAAGCGCAGCAUUUAAUUGAUGCAACUACGGCAGCCUUUAAGGCUGGCAAAAUAGCACAAAAUCCAUUCGGUGGUAAAGGUGCAGCAAUUCCACCACCUUGGGAUCCAUCAGUAAUGGGACCUGGAGGACCUAGGCAACCAGUUCCGGCGCCUGGCGGGCCGCCUGGUAUGAUUCCACCACCUUCCAUGGGUCCAGGAGGACCCAUGGCUCCGCCGAUGAUGAUGGGUCCACACGGGCCAAUGCCGCCAAUGAUGGGCAUGCGUCCCCCAAUGAUGGGACCUCUGAUGGGACAUAUGGGACCAAUGGGCCCUAUGGGUCAGAUGCGACCACCUAUGAUGAAUGGACCACCAAUGAACAAAUAGUGAACAAAUUUAGUGUCAUUAGAAUUAUUGUACCUACUAUAAGAACUGAUAGAGAAGUGAUUCAAAUGAAUAUUUGUAAAUUAUUGUAAAUGUAUAAUACAAACAUGUUUUUGCUAUUUAAUUUCAGAAAUUAGCUGCUGAAAGAGUAUGGAUUAAUGACUACAUUUUUGUAUCGGUGGUUAAUAUUUUAUAUUGAAUGGCUAUUUCAUGAACCUACCCAUGUAAAAACAUCAAUAUCAUGUGUGUUUUGUUAUCAGUGACACAAAAUCUUGAUUCUAUGAAUUAAAAUAGAAUAAAUUACUCAA